CCGUAGUAGGCGUCCUCAACAUGGCGGCUCCCCAGGAUGUCCACGUCCGAAUCUGUAACCAAGAGAUUGUCAAAUUCGAUCUGGAGGUGAAGGCGCUUAUCCAGGAUAUUCGUGAUUGUUCAGGACCAUUAAGUGCACUUACUGACCUGAACACUAAAGUGAAAGAGAAGUUUCAGCAGUUACGGCACAGAAUACAGGAUCUUGAACAGUCAGCUAAAGAGCAAGACAAAGAGUCGGAAAAGCAAGCUCUGCUUCAGGAGGUGGAAAAUCACAAGAAGCAGAUGUUGAGUAAUCAAGCUUCAUGGAGGAAAGCAAAUCUUACUUGCAAAAUUGCCAUCGACAAUCUAGAGAAAGCAGAACUGCUCCGAGGAGGGGAUCUCUUAAGGCAAAGAAAAACCACCAAAGAGAGCCUGGCCCAGACCUCCAGCUCCAUCACCGAAAACCUCAUGGGGAUCAGCAGGAUGAUGUCCCAGCAGGUCCAGCAGAGCGAGGAAGCGAUGCAGACUCUAGUGAAUUCUUCUCGAACUAUCCUGGAUGCAAAUGAAGAGUUUAAAUCCAUGUCGGGGACCAUCCAGCUUGGACGGAAGCUCAUCACAAAAUAUAAUCGUCGGGAGCUGACAGACAAACUCUUGAUUUUCCUUGCUCUUGCCCUCUUUCUUGCUACUGUCCUCUACAUCGUGAAGAAGCGGCUCUUCCCAUUCUUGUAA